AUGACAGAAAAGAUUAUCAAAAUUUCUUUGAGUGCCCAAGAAUGCUUUAUUUAUAAUUGGGCAUCUAAGAACCUGAGAAACCAAGAUUUUGCACAGCUCCGAGUACGUCAAGUGUGUGACCAUCCAUACCUAUUGACUCGAGCGGUCGAGUCCCACAAGCUAGAUAUGGACAAGAGAGUUAUUGAUACAUACCAGGAUGAGCCACUAGAUCAACCUGAAAACAUGGAUGCAGAGCAAAAUGCGACAAGUUCAUCUAGCGGCCAAACUGAGGAGGAGAUGGUAUCGAGCAAUCCCACCUCGGAGUCCUCUGACAACGAUGGUGUCAUUUGUAUUGACGACAAUGCCGUUCCCAAAGAACUCAAACUUCAUAAUCUUUAUUCAGUGACGGAUACGUCUCCAGCAAGAUGA